CUUGGCCAAGGAUGACAUGGGUAUGAAGCAAUCCCACUUCCUUUAUGGCCCCGUAGUUACAUGGAAGGCUGCCAAGGACUCUCCAACCAGGCUAUUGUGGAGUAGACAAAUCCUUCUCGUCGCCUGCCCAUCAGACAAUGGUGGAAUGACUGUCUGCCUGUGUCUGUCUUGUCUUUGUCGGCUUCCCGAGACUGUGGUUUGACUACUGACGCCGAGAGUGCCCGGAUGAGGCGAUUGAUUGCCUUGGCCUCGUCUGACGAGGUGAUCAUCUCUUGAUUGCAACGGCUGGACUUCGCUUCCAAAAUGAGAUUGGCAAGAUGGAGUCACUGGCAAAGAUGCCGGUCCACUGGGAGACCUGUGCUUUGAACGCUUCAGUCGUAGUGAUGACUGAGCUAAAUUUUUCCGAACCCACUUCGCGAGCUAUCAGCCAGAACUAGGCCCAUGGCCCCAUAACACAUCAUCUCUCGCGCCACACCGCGAAGGUUGUUCACCAGGAAAUUGUCUCCAGAAACUUGGCACUUUUCCAAGGCUGCCACCGUCUCUUUCCCCAAGCCCCAGGUAUUCGCGAAGGAAUCUUGGC